GUAUGUAUUGAAUUCUCGAACGGCACACAUCGUCUUUUGACCCACCACACGACUUAAUUUCAACGUACCUGUGUAAUAAAAUAAAGUUUUGUGGUGUAUUUAAGUUGACUAAUUUUCUCUAUAGAUAUGAGCAUUUUUAUCUUUAACGGGUUCCUCUUAUUGUGCUUCGUCGUGGCCACGGUACUAAAUGUUCUGGUGCUGGGUUCACCGGGAGCCGCGGAAAUAAUGUACUUGAAGCCGCCGCUGAAGAUGUGCCGCUACAGCAAAGUUAACUCGAUACUGGAAGCGCAAUGUUCCAAACUGAAAUUGCGCAAAAUCCCGUUAAAUUUGAACGUAGACAUAGAGAUGCUCGAUCUUAUUGGAAAUUAUUUGACAGAACUGGAGAAGGACAGUCUGCAUCCUUACAAGAAGCUGGCCUACAUCUAUCUAGGUGGCAAUUCCAUUGCUGAAAUUGACGAGGCAGCUUUCGCCAAUCAACCUUACCUGACGCUGCUGGAUCUCAGGUUGAAUGAUUGCGACACUCUGUCCAAAAGUCUUUUCCAAUUGCCGUAUCUUCACACGCUCUACCUCGGCUACAACCAUCUUAACGAUUCCGUGUUCAAGGUGAAGGUCACCUCGCCCCUCAAACUGUUGCAGCUGACCAAGAACGAACUAACUACGAUCCCGAACAUAGGCGUCCAGCCAACCCUCCUUAAUCUUAACGUGUCCUACAACAAAAUCACCUCGAUCAGUACCGAGGAUCUGGCGCCGUUCUGCUCGCUGAAGGAGCUUGAUUUGACCGGGAAUAGCAUAAAUUUUAAAGCGGGCAGCUGCGAUUGUCAGAGAUUCAUUGCCUGGGUGAAGCUGCGGCAGAUCAAGAUAAAGCCUGACGAUCUUUACAAUUGCACCAAAACACCGGCAACACUAAAUGAGGACUGCGCCAACGUGAGAUUCAGCAAUCGGACGAACGAGCUGUUCGACGAGUGCUUGGCCAUUAUACAGCAUGAGGUGGAGACUGAGAAAGCUCGAUCAUUCUGGAUAUACGUCGUUUCGUGUAUCUCGGUGUUUCUCUUCGUGUUGUUCGUGGUGUUGUUUUGCGUGCACAAGCAGAAGAAGCAGCUGACGGCGAAUGACGACAACAUCGAUAUGCGUCAACAGGAACCUGACAAUAAUUAUCAAAAUAUUUGCCGAUAGAACGUAGAAUCUUGUAAGAAGGGCUGUUUCUGCCGAUGACAAUACAAGAAUAGAAUUUUACGCGAGAAGGGCGGGAUGAAAGUGAAAAAGCUCAGUCAGAAAUGAUCGGUCAAUUGGACGUCGAUUUAACGUCCAACGUAUUUUAUUUAAUAUUUCCGACUUCUGGAUGAUAAUUAAUAACGCUUUUGUUGAUCAUAACGUAAUUGUUCAAGAGACUAUAUAAUAUAUGUAUCUCACUUUUUCUCAGAAAUUUAUAAUAUACUUUUCAAAAAUGGCAAUCGUGCCAGGAAUAGCAUUCGAGUUUUAAUAAUAAUCUUACAUUAAAAAUAUUUAUUGAACUUUGCGCGAUUUGUAUUAAUGAUGAUCAGAUACAAACUUAGUCACGUAAAUAUAUAUUAUUUUAAAUUCUCUGUAAAUCCUUAGUCAAUUAAACUCUUUCAAUAAACACAAACAGUCCUCGCUCUCUCUUUCUGUUACUUAUAGCAAAAAUAUUGUUUAAUUCACAAAUAACUAUGCUCAUACACUUUCAUCCCGCCCUUCUCGCCUAAAGAUUUACCCUCGCAUUGUCGACGCUAGAAACAGUUCUUCUUGAAAGAGAAAGAGAAAGCGAGAACUUGUUUAUUGAAAGAAUUUAAUCGACUGAAGAUUUACAAAAAAUUUAAUAGGAUAUAUAUUUACGUGCCUAAGUUUGUAUCUGAUUAUUAUUAAUACAUUUAGCGCAAUAUUUAAUAAAUAUUAUUAACGUAAGAUUAUUAUUAUGGCUCGAAUGUUACUGCUGGCACGAUUGCUAUUUUUUGAAGAAUAUAUUACAAAUUUUUAAGAAAAAGUGAUGUACAUAUAUUAUAUAGCCUCCUGAACAAAGACGUCAUGAUCAACAAAAGCGUUAUUAAUUAUUAUCCAGAAACCGGAAAUAUCGAAUAAAAUACGUUGGACUUAUAAUGGUACUUAUUGUUGGAGAUUAUUUAAUACUCUAAAUGGAAAAAAAUGAGAAAAUAGGCUUUAUUGUAAUCAAUGAAGAAAACUGUUUUGCAUUAAUAUAAUAUAAACGCGUGAACUCGUAGAAAAUAUAUGUAAAUUUUAUUAUAAUGUCUACGUUUUUAUUUAUUAUAAUGUGCUUGCAUGUAUAAUGGUUAUGACAUUUUUAUAUAAGAAUCUAUGUGAAUGUGGCGAAGUUUUUGAGAAACUCUCUGUGUGUUUGAACGAAUAUAAUUUCACUAUACUUUUGGCGGCAAUAUAUGUGUAGAAAGAAAUGUCGGCGUUAAUUUCUUCGAUGCCGGUUAAAUAAACAUCUCGAAAGCCGAUCGCUCAAUGUCGUCGCGUGCCUUUUGUCGAUGUAAUAGCAAUUUGUUUUGCGACAAUUUUUUAAAAUUAUUGACAUUCGUGUCUUACGAUUGCUAGGGGUAAUACUUAAUUUUUACAUAUAACUGGCGUUUGCAAUCAUGAAUUUAUAUCAUAUAGA